UCAUUUCCCCCCCUUCUCCCAACAGACAUUGCCAAUUUUCUUGCUUCCUCUCUUUCUUCCUCGAUCUCUCCCCUCCCCACUCUCUCUCUCUAAAACCCUCGCUUUGAUUUCUCUCUCUAGAACCCCAAAAUUCCAUACCAGUCGUUUCAGUUUCUUCCAUUCUACUGCGACCUGUACGUACAGCUUCGUGUAUGUAUCUGCUGCUACUAAGAUUUCGGAUUUUGCCUCAAUCGGUUGUUGAGUUUACGAGAUGGAUGAGGGGCUAAGAUCCAGUGAUUUUUGUAAGGAAGGGAGAGUGGAGUUGGAUUUGAAUGUGGAGCCCAUUGAGGAAGCGGAUGAUACUGUGAUCACAGCUGACCAUGAUUCUCAGCGGAAGUGUGAUGUUCAUUCCCUGGGAAAUAAGGUUGAAGAGUGGGAAAGUGUGGGUGGUGGUGAUGGAUGCCGAGUAAAUGCUGAUGCUGAUCAUGGGGCAGGGUUGGCUGCCACUUUGUGUGUUGAAGAGCCAGAAGUGAUGCAAUGUGAUGUAGAUGCUAAUGCUGCUGUUUGUCCGGAUGAUCCAAAUAUAAAGAAGCCCGGGGGACCUAUAGGCGAUGAUACAGCCAGUGAAGGUAAUUUGGAUGAUGGGGGAUUGCCCUUGGUCUGUGUUAAGGAAGAAACAAUCACCUUACAGGAAACUGAAGUUGUCCAGAGAUGUGUUAAAUCAGAAGAUGAUGGAAAAGAUGUAGGCAUAGUGACUGUUGAGGGUUCCAAUUUGCAUGGUGAUUCUAAUGAAUGUGGGCAUGUGGUCCAAAAGAGCCGAAGAGGGAGGAAAAGAAAAAACAUUGAAAAUUCUCAAUGUCACGAUGGUGAAGUCAAAAGAAAGAAAGACAACCAUUUACCUUCGCCCGGCAGUACUGGAAAUGUUGGAAGGGUGUUGAGGUCCAGGGUUAUUGGUAUAAGUCAAGCAGGGCCUCAGCUUAGUGGAGAGAAUUUGGGUGUUGCUGCUUUGGAAGUAAAAAAGGAAACUCAAAUGCAAGAGGUUGAUCAAUCAGAAAAACCAUUUAUGGCUAAGAAUACUGAAAUUUCUCCACCAUAUGGUAGGGGUAGGAAAAAAGUGAAGGGUCGUCGUGGUCGGCCUCCCAAGAUCCCCAGAAAUGAUGUACUUGCUCCACCAAUCAGUAAGGACCUGAAAAAGGUGAAGCGUCGUCGUGGAAGGCCCCCUAAGAUGCCUAGCAAAGAUGGUACUUCUGAAAUAGUUGUUUGCCAGAAAGAUAGAGUAAUUGAGUCCAAGGAAAAUGUUAGGCAUAAAAAGGCUGGAAAUGUAAUUAAGAGAUCUAAGUUUUCCAAGUCACAAUUGGAAAGUGCGGAGCUACAGCUUGUCAAUGAUGAAAAUAAAGAGGAUAAGAAGUCCUUGAAAUCGAAAGAAGGGGAUAAGGGUCGUACGGUACAACAGCAAGCAGUUAGAGAUCAAAUAGUGGAAAGUGCGGAGCUACAGCUUGUCAAUGAUGAAAAUAAAGAGGAUAAGAAGUCCUUGAAAUCUAAAGAAGGGGAUAAGGGUCGUAGGGGACAACAGCAAGCAGUUAGAGAUCAAAUAGUGGAUAUUCUAAAGAAGGCAGGAUGGACUGUGGAAUAUAGACCCCGGCAAAGCAAGGAAUACAGUGAUGCAGUUUAUGUGGAUUGUGAAGGAAAAACACAUUGGUCAUGCACUUUGGCCUAUAGGAAACUCAAAGAGAAAGUUGAAAAUGGAGAUGCAGAUGAUAAGACCCUCUCUGCAUUUGCUGUCAUCCCAGAAGAGGUACUUGGAACACUGUUCAGAACUAGACGAAAUAAAAUAAAGAAGUUUAAAAAGCAGAGUGGAAGUGAAAGUGACAAGAAAAAGAACAUCAAGGAGCAUUCUUCGUACAGUGACAAGGUUAUACGUCGCCAAAAAUGCAAAGAAAAAUUAAAUGCUAAUCCCAAAUUCAAAGACAAAUUUCUAAGGAAAAAAACCAAAGCCAAUGCACAUAGACGUGAUGAUGAUCUUUCAAUGAAGGCAUCAAACAGGGGAAGGUCAAGAUCAAAAAAAGAUGGACGUAAUAGAAAGCGAUAUGCUUUGUUGGCCCGUAGUUCUGGGGAAAUGUCUGAUCAAGAUGGUGAUGGAUUUGUGUUGUAUGAUGGAAAGCGAAGUCUUCUCUCAUGGAUGAUUGAUUUUGGAACAAUCCAAUCCAAUGCACAAGUGCAGUACAUGAAUGCUAGGAGGACAAAAGUAAUGCUUGAGGGAAAGAUUACUGGUGAUGGAAUUUGCUGUGGCUGCUGUGAUCAAACAUUUACACUUUUAGAUUUUGAGUCUCAUGCAGGAAGUACAUUAGGUCAGCCACUUGAACAUAUAUGCCUAGCCUCAGGGCGUUCUCUUUUACAAUGCUUAGCAGACUCAUGGAGCAAACAGGAAAAAUCUGAAAAUAUUGAUUUCCAUCCUGUGAAUGUGGAUGCCAAUGACCCAAAUGAUGAUACAUGCAACAUCUGUGGAGAUGGUGGUGACUUGAUCUGUUGUGAUGGUUGCCCAUCAACAUUCCAUCAAAGUUGCUUAAAUAUUCAAAAUUUACCUUCUGGGAAUUGGCGAUGUGUAUAUUGUUCAUGCAAAUUCUGUGGGACUGUUGCUGGAAAAUCCUGUCAUGUUGAUGACCACAUGACUGUCCCUGAAUUAUCCAUGUGCCAUUUGUGUGAGGAAAGAUUCCAUGUUGCUUGUAACCAGGGUGAGAAUAAUUUGGAUUCCAAGGAUAUGUCGUUUUGUGGAAAGGGGUGUGAGAAGCUUUUUGAGGGCCUGCAGGUGCUUCUUGGGGUCAAGCAUGACUUGGAUGAAGGAUUUUCAUGGACAAUUCUUCAAAGACGUUUUGUUGGGCAGGAUGUAAUAGGAAGCGACAACUCAUUAAAAAUAGAGUGUAAUUCAAAAUUAGCUGUUGCAUUCUCUGUGAUGGAUGAGUGUUUUGUGCCCAUUGUCGAUGAGCGAAGCAAAAUCAAUAUGAUCCACAAUGUUGUCUACAACUGUGGAUCAAAUUUCAGGCGGCUGAAUUAUUGUGGCUUCUAUACUGUUAUUCUGGAGAAGGGUGAUGAACUUGUUGCUGCGGCAUCCAUAAGGUUACAUGGGAGUCAGUUGGCUGAGAUGCCAUUUAUUGGUACAAGGUACAAAUAUCGCCGCCAAGGGUUGUGCCGUCGGCUCAUUGGAGCAAUUGAAACAGCCCUUUGUUCACUUGGCGUUGAGCAACUGGUUAUACCAGCUAUACCAGAACUUAAUGAAACAUGGACAAAGAUUUUUGGUUUCACACCCCUUGAAGAGUCAAAGAGACGAGAAAUGACGCGCAUGAGCAUGAUUGUUUUCCCUGGCACGGAUAUGCUUCAGAAACCUAUACCGAAGCAUCAAGAUACUGAUGAUCAUAUUACAUCUACUGGUACUUUUCAUGGUGACAUUACAGAGGCUUCAUCCGAGGUCGAUCUCAACAAAAAUGUAGUUACUGUUGAGCCUGUCGAAUCCUGUGUAAAUUCCUCUCGUGGCUUCUUGCAAGAUGCAACCGACAUGAAAACUGGCUUCGAAUCUUUCAUACCAAAGGAAGCCCUCAGGGUCCAAUAGGUUGUAGCUUCUCACAGUGACUUGCUUCGGCUUUUUGAGCUCUGAGAUCUUGUGAUUUAUCGCAAAAUUUGUACAUAAAGAUUUGUUACUGGAGGGCUUCGCUUGCCAGCACAGAUGUCAAGGAUGGAAUAUGCAUUGGACUAACCUACGUUUAACGACAUAGAUCUUGGCAGAAAAUGUGAAUACCUAACUGCGCAAGGUGAUGGAAGAAAUCGCUUAUUUUGAAGGUAACAUCUGGUCUCAAGUGCCUGCUAAAUUGCAACCAUCUUUUUUUGUUUUUCCAAUUGAAAAAUGUAUGGUUUCAGUUUCUGUUUAGUGUUGCAGAGAGUAAUAGUUUGUAACAUGUCUGAUUCUGAUGGCUGAUUGAGAUCUGUAAUCUUAGUGGCAUUAGCAUUCAAAGCUUAAUGUUUUUCUAAGUGACAAAUUCCAUGGGAUUUUGUAGUCUCAGACAUUGUGUUAAGUAUUAACUAUGGUGUCUGGCAGUGUCCUCAGUUGCCCUCUCUCUUUUUUAUUUUAUUUUAUU